AUGGCAGUGUUCAACUACGUGCCGGAGCAGCACGACGUGCACCGGGUGACCCAGGACGCGUUCCAGACGUGCGAGCCGGCGGCGAACCAGAGCAUGGGCGCGUGGGCGACGGGCCACUACCGCGUCGACCUCACCGUGCCGGGGGACUACUACUUCAUCUGCAACGUCUCGGGCCACUGCCUCGGGGGCAUGAAGUUCGCCGUCGCCGUGGCAGCGCAGCCUCCUCCGCCGCCUUCUUCCCCGCCGGCCCUGUUGCCGCAGCCGCCGCCGCCGCCGCCACCGCCACCAGCGAGCUCUGCCGCCGGCGUGUCGUGGAUCACACGGCGCCGGUCCGCGUGGCCGGAGGCGGCGGGGAUCCCAUGCCUCGCCGUGAUCGGCCUGCUCAUCCUUGCUUAG